UAAGCAGUUGGCUAUCAUUCGAGGCGGCAGGCAUCAGCUAACAGCAUUGAUUACCACUGAUUCUCUCCGGUUUUGACACAUUCGUUGCGGACAUUGUGUAACGAUAGAGGAUGGGCAAGAGUAAGAAACAUCCUGAACCAAAGCGGGAGCAAAUCCUUGUUUUAGGUAGUCAAAAUGGUGACGAGUCCGAAAUUCUUGAUUGGCUGAAGAACGGCGAGGACGAAAUAGAGUUACAAGGUCAUUACUGGCGUUAUGUUCAGGAGAAGAGCAUUUCCUACAAUGGGGUUUACGUGUGGCAUCCCCCAGGAUUAUCAUCAGGUGGUCGAUGCAGUGAUCGAAUGUUUAUGCCCAUGUUCUUUAGGAACGCCAUGGCAGUGGUGUACGUUAUCAACAGUAGCGAUAGCCAGGCAGUUAAACGUGCAGAAUUUGAACUUGCUGAUUACCGUGGAGACAAGAACUUAAAGGAUGUCCUUAUCAUCGCCAUAGCGACCAAACAGGACAACCCUGAUGCAAAGUCGCCUAAAGAGCUUGAAGAAAUCCUCAACGAAGGCCACCAAGCGAGCCCAAUAAAGGUUUUCCCCGUAAUUGUCGACACCGGUGAGGGCAUCAACGAGUGUUUUGAUUGGGUGAUAGAAAAGGUCGCCGGGAAGUACGAUGUGACAGGACCGUGGAAGGAGUUGGCAAAGGAUGUGUCACAGGGUGGAAAUGCAGGAUUUAACGUCGUCAAAGAAGCAUGGAAGAAAGUAGUUUCGAAGUUUUACCGCGUCGGCUCGAAAACUAAAUGAAUCAUGAGAACUGUGCGAGAAAGCAUAUAAUUAUGAUAAUUGCCGUAUUCAUGCCAACAAGGCCUACUGACAUUUACAAACGACCACAGUCUAUUUAGUAUAUUGGCAUGUAUUCAGCGUGUACAAAUAGAUGCGCUGUUAUAGUGACAUACUUACCAUACAAAUAUACACACGGCUUUGUUGUGGCUUGGAGAUUGUAAUAGGAUAACUAAUGAAUGGUCGAUUGUCAUGUCAAAAAUGCCAGUAUCAGAAUAUUCAGUUCGUGCAUAUGCUGAAAAGGCGCUUUAAAAUGAUGAUUCCUAUUGCAUUGUUUAAGUCGAGCAACCAAAGUUCAUACUUUGUCCAACAAAGCUUCUUUUUUUUUCUUUCUAUACAACUAUACAUAAACUAACAUUGAAUAGAUAUAACCAGAUGACAGUUGCAUCAUUUAAAAAUCCUUCUGAUCAUGGUAGCUGUGAUGGGGUACACUUUUGGCACUUAGCUUCCGAAAUAACUCAGAUAUACCUUGAAUGAAAAAAAGUAAGACAAUUGUAUCUUAUAACGAUGAUUGUAUCUUGUAACGAUACUCUUUUAUUUACAUUCUUACCAAUGUUAAUAUUAAAAAGAUAUUGUGUGAUUCUAAUUAGUUUUUUUUUUCAUACCGGUAGCCUUUUUGUCGUACAAGUUCAUACUUCGAAACAAAUUCUAAGAUUUUAUAGGAUUCUUGUAAUCGAUAUAUUUGCAAAUUUUUUUACCAAUAAAUGUAUGGUGAUAAUUAA